AUGGAGUCAUCAGAAGAUCAGUUCAUCUCUUCUCAUUCUUCCUCAAUGGCUAUUCAAAAAAUGGUUAUGAUAGCCACCUUGGCCGGAAUUUUAGCCGGAGUGUUGAUGCCGGAAACCGCCAUGGGUCAGAAUUGUGGCUGUUCGUCAGACCUCUGCUGUAGCAAGUAUGGGUAUUGUGGCACCGGCGAUGAUUAUUGUGGCAAUGGAUGUCAAGAGGGUCCUUGCUAUAACGAAACUACUAAUGGUGUUGUGGUUGCUGAUAUUGUCACACAAGAGUUCUUUGAUGGGAUAAUCAAUCAGUCUGAUGCAACCUGCGAAGGGAAAAGCUUCUAUACCCGUGCCGCAUUCCUUGAUGCGACCGAUUCCUAUACAACCUUUGGCCGGGUUGGCACAGUCAAUGACUCUAAGCGUGAGAUUGCAGCAUUUUUUGGACAUGUCACGCAUGAGACUGGACACUUCUGUUACAUUGAAGAGAUAAAUGGAACCUCAAAGGAUUAUUGUGAUGAGACAAACACAGAAUACCCAUGCGUCACCGGAAAGGGUUACUAUGGCCGUGGACCACUCCAGCUAUCUUGGAAUUACAAUUAUGGCCCUGCCGGUGACAGUAUAGGAUUUGAUGGGCUAAAUUCACCUGAAACUGUGGCCAACGAUGUUCUGAUUUCUUUCAAGACAGGAUUGUGGUAUUGGAUGAACGAUUGCCACUCAAUCAUGAUUUCUGGUGAAGGUUUUGGAGCAACGAUCAACGCCAUCAAUGGUAAGCUUGAAUGCAAUGGUGGAAACACAGCAGCUGUGCAAUCUCGUGUUAAGUACUACAAGGAAUAUUGUGACCAAUUUGGUGUUUCAUAUGGUGACAACCUUACUUGCUAA